UAAAUUCUCACACUCUCACUCACCUUCUCAGCAGCUCCUGGAUUCACCUCCGAGUCUCUCCGAGCCAGCUUGUGCAUGAGGUCCAUAAUGGCGCUGCCUUGGGGUUUGAUGUUACUUGUUACUUUGCAGAUUUUUACAGGAAGCACUUCAGGGACACAUGUCACCAGUUGUGAUUUGUGUCAUGAUGACGCCGUUUGCGUGAAGUCACGAGAAAGAGGCGACUCCUUCAUCAACCACGAGCUCCUUUCUUGUGUCUGUAGCAAUGGCUUUGUAGGCGAUGGUCUCGCCUGCUACAAUAUAAAGCUCUGUAGUGACUCUCCUUGCUGCAGCCAAGGCUAUCAGUGGUCAACAGAAAGGGGCUGUGUGGACAUUAACGAGUGCUCCCUCCCAGACUCACCAUGUGCGCCAACUCAGGUUUGCAGAAACACUCCAGGCUCCUUUGAAUGCCUGGAGUCUUCGUCCAGCAGCAGAUCAGGCCCCUCCCUCCACUCUGUCAGCUUCAGCUGUGGAAACGCUACUUGUCCCUCAGGCAUGGACUGCAUCGGUUUGAAUGGGACUGUGCGCUGUGUUGACCCCUGUCAGCACUACACUGGACUGAAUGAUCACUGGCGGUCAACAAAUUACACAUCGCCUCAAGACAUACACUGUGACAGAGACGUUAACUGGCAAGGCUGGUAUCGGCUGUUUCUGGGGCACACCAGUGCUCAUAUUCCAGAGAGGUGUUUGGCUGAAUACAGUUGUGGAACCCAUGCUCCUCUGUGGUUGACAGCACCUCAUCCCACACAGCCAGGUCAAAUUGUGCAGCGCAGUGUCUGUGGCUCCUGGGUCGGCGAGUGCUGCUGGAGCAGGACAAAUAACAUCCAUGUGAAGCUCUGCUAUGGAAACUACUACGUCUACAAACUUGUGGCUCCAGUCACCUGCGCCCUUGCAUACUGUGCAGAGGUGAAUGGAACAGACACUGUAGUGUCUCCGACCACACCCUAUCCAAGACCACAUACCUCUGCCAGUAAUCAGGCCAACAUGACCGCCCCAACAACACCUGCACACAACAGCUCAGCAGUUGAGGGGCAGGUCCGUCUGGUCAAUGGAAACAGCUCCUGCGCUGGUCGAGUAGAGAUCUUCCACAGUGGACAGUGGGGGACGGUGUGUGAUGAUUCAUGGGGCGUGGUUGAUGCCCAGGUGGUGUGUAGACAGCUGGGCUGUGGCCGUGUCCUGUCAGCACCAUCAUCUGCAGCCUUCGGGCCGGGCUCAGGUCCCAUCUGGAUGGAUGAUGUCAGGUGCACAGGCAGCGAAUCAAAGCUCACCCAGUGCAGCCAUCAAGGGUUUGGAUCUCACAACUGUGGUCACCACGAGGAUGCUAGUGUUGUCUGUGAAGCUCGUUCACAAGUAAGACUGGUCAACUCUACCAGCCGCUGCUCGGGCCGAGUGGAGCUCUACCAUGCUGGACAGUGGGGGACAGUGUGUGACGAUGGCUGGGACCUGAGGGAUGCCAACGUGGUGUGUAGACAGCUGAACUGUGGUCCUGCUCGUUCAGCACUAUCAAAUGCAGCUUUCGGACAGGGCACUGGACCCAUCUGGCUGGACGAUCUCACUUGUUAUGGCAACGAAUCAUCAAUAACAGACUGCAGACAUUCAGGGAUCGGGGUCCACAACUGUGCUCACUUUGAAGACGCCAGUGUCAUCUGUGAAGCUCAACCAGAAUUCAACAGCACAGUUGUCCCGCCCACACCUCCAAUACCUGACUUAAUUCCCACAACACCUGCACACAACAGCUCAGCAGUUGAGGGGCAGGUCCGUCUGGUCAAUGGAAACAGCUCCUGCGCUGGUCGCGUAGAGAUCUUCCACAGCGGACAGUGGGGGACGGUGUGUGAUGAUUCAUGGGGCCUGUCUGAUGCUCAGGUGGUGUGUAGACAGCUGGGCUGUGGCCCUGUCCUGUCAGCACAGUCAAAUGCAGCCUUCGGGCUGGGCUCGGGGCCCAUCUGGUUGGAUGAGGUCAAUUGCACAGGCAGUGAAUCAAGGCUCACCCACUGCAGACAUCAAGGGUUUGGAUCUCAUGACUGUGGUCACCAAGAGGAUGCUGGUGUUGUCUGUGAAGUUUUGCACAACAGCUCAGCAGUUGAGGGGCAGGUCCGUCUGGUCAAUGGAAAUAGCUCCUGCGCUGGUCGAGUAGAGAUCUUCCACAGUGGACAGUGGGGGACGGUGUGUGAUGAUUCAUGGGGCGUGGUUGAUGCCCAGGUGGUGUGUAGACAGCUGGGCUGUGGCCGUGUCCUAUCAGCACCAUCAUUUGCAGCCUUCGGGCCGGGCUCAGGACCCAUCUGGAUGGAUGAUGUCAGGUGCACAGGCAGCGAAUCAAAGCUCACCCAGUGCAGCCAUCAAGGGUUUGGAUCUCACAACUGUGGUCACUUCGAGGAUGCUAGUGUUGUCUGUGAAGCUCCUCCAUCGGAUCUGACUUCUCAGCUUGUUUGUGGCCAGUUUAGGUUUGGUGUAGGGCUGGACAUAACUCAUGUGACUUCCCUUGGUUUCAAUCCGUUCUCUGGCAACAUGGCUUCCAACAACUGUGGCCGGAUUAGGGUGCAUGAUAAUGUAGUGUGGUACGAAGUGGAUGCAAGAGACGGUGCCUGUGGAAACACACUGACGAUCAACAGAAUGCAUGCCAUCUACUCCAACAUUUUAUUUGUCUACCCAUUGAACAAUACAUCCUUCAGGACUCCUGUGACUGUUCCCUUCUCCUGUGCAUACCCCCUGGAGACAGAAGGCAGCCUAAAUGUGGCCAUCAGACCAUUCCUGGCGCCGGCAGAUGGACUUUCUGGCUUAGCUGCCAAAGCCCAAACCUUCAUGUACCUGUUCAACAGCUCUGACUACAGUGGCCAUUAUCCACCAGGCGAGGUCUCCCUGCCAGUGGGCUCACCGUUGUACGUAGGCUUCUAUGUGGCGUUGUUAGAUAUAAGCUUUGCAGUUGUUCUGGAGGACUGCUAUGCCACUCCCACGUCAAACCCUAAUUCCAUGCGCCAUUAUUUCAUCCAAAACAAGUGUCCCACUGACCGUCAACAGGUGUCAGUGACUGAGAAUGGCUCGUCCCUCUGGGCAUAUUUCACUGCCUUGUUGUUCCUGCCUCAGGAGCAUUACCAAAACGUUUUCCUUCAUUGCAGCGUCAGUCUGUGUAACAUGAAGCACUCCAGCUGUGCUCCGCACUGCGGAAGUAGGACGUAUCGCUCCGUUACCAACUCAGAAGUUCUGAAGCCCCUCACCAUUGGACCAAUCAUUUGGGAAUCACCUCAGCGAGCUGAGAACAUACAUUAAUGAGACAGUCACAUUACAUAUUGUCAUAUUAUUUUAUUUUUAAAUGUUUCCUCAAUACGAACGCCAUUAAAAUGGUAAAGAAACUAAUAAAAGAGAAGGUACCAAUAC